UUCGCUAACAGCAGUUAGCUGCAUCACCGACAAGGGGGGAGAGAGAGAGAGAGAAGAGGAGAGAUAUGGUUUCGCUUAAGCUCCAGAAGCGGCUCUCAGCGAGCGUUUUGAAGUGUGGAAAAGGAAAGGUUUGGCUUGAUCCGAAUGAAGUUAACGAGAUCUCCAUGGCGAACUCUCGCCAGAAUAUAAGGAAGCUGGUUAAAGAUGGUUUUAUCAUCAGGAAGCCAACCAAAAUUCACUCUCGAUCACGUGCACGUCGCAUGAAGGAAGCAAAGAGAAAGGGACGUCACUCUGGAUAUGGCAAGCGCAAGGGUACAAGGGAGGCAAGGUUGCCCACAAAGAUCUUGUGGAUGAGGAGGAUGCGUGUUCUGAGACGAUUGCUUCGCAAAUACAGGGAAUCAAAGAAGAUUGACAAGCACAUGUACCAUGACAUGUAUAUGAAAGUCAAGGGUAAUGUGUUCAAGAACAAGAGAGUUCUCAUGGAGAGCAUCCACAAAUCUAAGGCUGAAAAGGCCAGAGAGAAGACAUUGGCUGACCAGUUUGAAGCAAAGAGGGCUAAGAACAAGGCAAGCAGGGAAAGAAAAUUUGCUAGGAGAGAGGAGCGUUUGGCCCAGGGACCUGGAGGAGGAGAUAAGCCGGUUGCAGCACCACCUGCGGCAGCUGCUCAACCAGCCGUGGUUUCCAAGAAGUCCAAGAAGUAAGAAGGUUCUGUACUCAAUAUAAGUGAUCGACCGUGGCUUUAGAUAUUAGUAUGCCCCAAGUAGUUUUGCCGUGCCAGUGUUGUUUUAGGCGGAUAUGCACUUUGUUCUUUUAGGUGGAGUAAGCUUUAAUGUUUUUGUUCUCAAUUUUACUGUUUUUUGUUUUAAUUAUAUGAUGUAACGUUAUGUUUGAUUUA